AUGAGCACAGAUGAUGCAGAAUACAAUGCUUUGUCUCAAAUUUUCCGAAUAAGCAAGUUAUUCGAUGUUGUCGACGCAUCGGAUUCGGAGAAAAGGUAUCGCGACGUUGAAGGUACCUUGAUUACAGGGCUUGAGUUUCUCGCUGGUCUAUUCGACGAUUUACACCUAUUGAAGAGUUUCGGCUUCAUUGGAGAGCAGAGCAAGAUCUACCAGCGGCUCAACAAGACGGGUCUAUACUCCAAAUUGUGGUUGGUGUCAUUGAUUUUAUCGUCUCGUAAGAGUCUGAGCGAGAUUGUUCGACUUGCAGCGUCAAGAUCAAAACUAAGAACAGAGGAACUGAAGUUUAGAAGAGGUGCUCCUAACUCGGUCAGGAAAAUAUUGCUCGAAAAGAUUUCUAACAAGAUCGACGAAAUAGACAAGAAACUUCGAAUUGCAGUGAUAGAGUUACUGCAGACGUCUGCCUAUCUGCUCGUGGUAAUGGUUGAUGUUUUUAAGCUCGGCGUUAGCGAAAGAUGGAAAAAGUUCCUAGACAGAAUUUCCGGAUUUUUCACAAUCUUGAAGUUCCUUUUCCUUGCUGCCUCUCCGUCCUAA